GGAAGACGAGCCGAGGCUGGCCGCUGGCCUCUCGUUGCCUCCCCCGCGCCCCGGCGGCCCCCGUCCGGCCAUCCGCGGCCUCCCUCCCCUUCCCCCGCUUCCCGAUUCCAGCUCGCAAUCGCAACGCCGCCGCCGUCGCUGACCUCGCGCGGGCACGAGCCGAUUCACCACCGCUCGCGCCCCUCCUUCCUGCAUCCGCGCAAGCGCAAUCCCUCCCCUUCGCUAAGCUGUUGGGAUAGAUAGGCCUAAUAACAAUCUGACAUAAGCACCGCCAUUGUCUCCGCCCCGCGGAGGAGGGCGGCGCCUGCGCCAUGGCGUUUCUAUUCGGCGCUUUCCUGGGCCUGGUGGUGGGCGUGGCCGUGGUGAUGGCGUUCGCGCGCCUCGAGAACGCCCGCGCGGAGCAGCGCCGCGAGCUGGCUGCUAUAGUUGCAUCUUUCUCAAAGUUGAAUGUACAGGAUUUGAGGAAACUCAUCCCACCUGAGUUCUAUCCAUCAUGGGUUUCAUUCACACAAAAGCAGAAGCUGAAAUGGCUGAACCAAGAGUUAGUAAAAAUCUUUCCAUUUGUCAAUGAGGCUGCAUCAGAGCUGAUUAAAGCUUCCGUGGAACCUGUUUUUGAGCAGUACAAGUCAUUCAUUUUGGCUUCCCUCCAUUUCUCAAAGUUGACGCUUGGUACUGUUGCCCCUCAGUUUACUGGAGUUGAAAUCUUGGAGAGUGAUGAUUCUGCAAUCACCAUGGAACUUGAGUUGCAAUGGGAUGGCAAUCCCAAUAUAGUACUUGACAUCCAAACAACACUUGGAAUUUCUCUUCCUGUACAGGUGAAAAAUAUUGGAUUCACAGGAGUACUUCGCCUUGUAUUCAAACCUCUGGUGGCUGAAUUCCCGUGUUUUGGAGCUGUUUGCUGUUCUUUAAGGGAUAAGAGCAAGGUGGAAUUUACCCUCAAGGUUAUUGGCGGCGAAAUGACUGCUAUUCCAGGAAUCUCUGAUGCAAUUGAGGGGACAAUACGUGAUACUAUUGAGGAUACACUGACAUGGCCGAAUCGCAUUAUUGUUCCAAUUGUACCUGGAGACUAUAGUGAUUUGGAGCUGAGACCUGUUGGGGUAUUAGAAGUGAAACUUGUGGAAGCUAGGGACCUGAAGAACAAGGAUCUCGUGGGAAAGUCGGACCCUUUCGCUGUGUUAUACAUACGUCCAUUGCACGAGAAAACAAAAAAAAGCAAAACAAUUAACAAUGAUUUGAACCCCAUCUGGAAUGAGCACUAUGAAUUUGAGGUCGAGGACAUAUCUACACAGCACCUGACUAUAAAAAUCUAUGAUGACGAAGGGCUCCAACCAUCAGAGAUCAUUGGUUGUGUUCGGGUAGACUUAGCCGAUCUACAGCCAGGAAAAGUGAAGGAUUUAUGGUUAGAUCUUGUGAAGGACUUGGAAAUUCAACGGGACAAAAAACCUCGUGGUCAGGUUCACCUGGAGCUUCUCUACUACCCUUACGCUAAACAUGAAGGGGUUUCCAAUCCUUUUGCUAAUCAGAUUCAACUGACUUCUUUGGAGAAAGUUCUCAAGACUGAAUCUAAUGGAUAUGAUAUUAACCAGAGGAAAAAUGUUAUUAUGAGAGGAGUUUUUUCUGUAACAGUUAUAUCUGCAGAGGACUUGCCACCAAUGGACAUUGGUGGCAAGGCUGACCCAUUUGUUGUCCUGUACUUAAAGAAGGGAGAAACUAAAAAGAAGACAAGGGUUGUGACAGACACGCUAUAUCCAAUAUGGAACCAGACAUUUGAUUUUGUGGUAGAAGAUGCACUGCAUGAUUUGCUCAUGGUGGAACUAUGGGACCAUGAUACAUUUGGAAAGGAUUACGUAGGGAGGUGCAUCUUGACCCUCACAAGAGUUCUACUGGAAGGCCAGUUCCAAGAUACCUUUGUCUUGCAAGGUUCCAAAUCUGGAAAGCUGAACUUGCACUUUAAGUGGAUGCCACAGCCAAUCUACCGUGAUCGUGAACGGGACCAGUGAAAUAUGAAUAUACCUUAAAUGGAAAGGAAGAUAAACACAUCAUCCCCUACGAUGGGCCUGUACAGCAAAUCCACAAACUUGGAGCCACACGGUUAAAAUCAAAGAACAGAUCGACCUUCUAUAGUUUCCCCUAGACGAUGGAGAUGCAUGAACCCGAUGAGAAGUAGUACUUGACACGGGUGACUUGUGUUAGAUCCAAUGUUCAUUUAUGUAGACUGAUCCUUAGCAUAGUCAGUUGUUAAAUGUGGUGUCAAUGAACUAAGCCUUGUAUGCUGCUUUUGUGCGUAUUAAAAAAAAAUGUGCGCAAAAGUUAGUUCUUACGUUUGAUUUUGUUCCUGGUUAUGCAUUAGGCAGAAAUUGUUUGUGCAUUAUGCAGAAUUUUAGUCUUGAAGGGGAUGGAGUAGCAUUGCCAAAAA